GUGUGUGGGAGCAGCGGGGGAACGGCACCUUCAUCACCCAGUCCAGCCAGAACCAACUCUAGCGAGAAGCGAGAGGACACUCACCCACCCUAUGCGUGUAGAAACAGACGGACGUCGCUGGUGGUGAGCGACAGUCUGGGCAGGUUCCGGGUAGUGGUGAAGAAGACACGACCCAACCUUGGCAUCGCCAUAGAGGGCGGGGCAGACACCAAGCAGAAGCUGCCCAGGGUCAUCAACAUAGCGGCCAACGGGGCGGCCUUCGAGGCGGGAGGCCUGAGGGUAGGCCAACUUAUACUGGCUGUGGACGGCCAAAAACUGGACGGUCAGAGUCACGAGGAGGCUGCCCGUCUGAUCGCUGGCUGCUGGAUAAGUCGGUCCCGGCCAGAGGUAGAGUUCAUGGUGGUGGAGAGGAAACCCACCGCCUCUGAUGUCCGUCGCUCCUCGAUCUCCUUGCUGUCGCAGAUGUGAACACCUGGGGAGAAAAUAACAGGUGUAAUUGGGAGAUGAUCUACGGCCACAGGUGUUCGUCAGUCCUCCAAUAUGAAAUGAGCAUUGAAGCGACAGGUGUAGUGCAUAACUAUCCCACGGGUACAGGAGUUCGUCAUUGCUUCAUAUAUAAUGUGAACACCUGAGGAAGAUGCGACAGGUGUGGUGGACAGGUAACCUAACCUAACCACAGGUGUUCGCCAUUCCUUCAUUUCUUCUGUAUAUUCGACGUCAAGAAAUCAACUCAAAUCAUCACAUCCUAUAAUUGGUUUUCAUUCAUUAUCUGUAUUGGUCUUCAAAACAGAAACACACUCAUAAAAUAAAAGAUGAUAUUGUGGUAAACACAUUAACGAUGGGGUGCAAACAAUAGCAUUCGUUGUUUUAGGGAGAAAUCUUAAUCCUCUGGUUUUCUAUUGGGGGUAAGUUUAUUUUUUUAUGAAGGAAGGGUAGCUUUUCUAUCUUCUGUUCUUUGUGUAUUAUAGAUGAUAUACAUAUACAUACUGUAGGUUAUAUAUAUAUAAAUAUAUACAUACAUACAUCCAUACAUACAUACAUACAUACCGAAUCACAAAUUUUCACAAGAGAAAAAACCAACUAGUUUGCUGUUUGAAAGGCAAUUUAGAUUUUCUUAAGUGUGGCGAGCAUGUAUGGAAAGUGGUGUUAUAAGCUCUCAAGUUAGCUCAGUUUCCACUCUCACCUAAAAUGCCGUUUUCUUUAUUACCGGUAAACUGACAACUGCUCAUCUUGUAACUUACUGAAGAUCCAACUUAGAGAAGGUAUAACUUGACCUUCAGAAAUUUUGGAUAUAUUUGUUAACACUACUGUACUGAAAGACAAUGUAUAAGACAGGAAAACAUCAUAAACCUGAAAUAGCACUAAGACACCUAAGAAUAAUUUGAAUUUUAUGAAUGAAAAAAAGGGAAAUGAAUAGAAGAAUUUCCCCUUUUCUUUUUUAUCAUGACCUGGACAUGAUCUUGACCAAAGUUUGCUUUUAAGACAUAAUCUCUCCAGACACGACCAACGCUCAAGACACCCUUGGGAUGUCGUGUCCUCAGUGUAACCAGAAUAAUUCCUAUCGAAUUAGUAUGUUUUAGUGAGUGUGAAAUUUAUUAGUUGUCACCUGUUACAAUUUUCCUUCACUGACGCCAUAAUAAGUGGAAAUAAACAACAGAACUGGAGUAAAUCACCCAGGCAGUUGAUCUGUAGCAGUCCAGACUCUCUGUGUCGGUUUCCUGAUGAGAUAAAGGUAUCUUGUACUCUGUCUGUCUCCCUGGAAAUGAUCGGCAGAAAACACAAUGUCUUUACUCAGUGUGACAGUGUUCUGUGACGUACCCGACUCGCUGUGACGAUCCUAAUGCACAUAUACAGUAUAGUUUAUACGUCAGGCAAAAUAUAGUUUGUCUCUCUCUGGAAGUUUAUAAUAUCGACCAGAUCAUCUGGCUAACAACUACAGAUGUUACAUGUCGACGUAUAGCAAGAGUUCUUUGUCCUGGUAACCUCUGCUGAUUCCUUACAUCUGCCACCUGUGACUAGAGCAAGGUCUUCAUACCACGAUUAACACCGCCAACCCCUCCAACUUCUAUUGGUCACCGCGAACCUCUGGAUUUUUCAACCUGGCAUCUGAUAUAUCUAAAAGCUCUGUUUAACCUUCACGGAAAUAAACAAAAAUGUAUCUGAAGACCUGGACUGGAUGUUGUAGUGAAACACACACGGUACCUUGCCAUGUUAGAAAAUUCUCACAGACACAAGCGUGGUAUAAAACAACCCUAUGCAUGUAAGAUUCUCCUACAGGAGUUAACUUACCUAACCUUACCUUGUUUAAUGGUGAUCCGCUAUAACAGACGUGUAUGUGUUGUGUUCCGCGCAGGACGUUUCUGCGUACACACAACCGAAGGAUUACAUCACGGCAGGAUUAUUUUUAUCACACCGAAUGAGUUUGACAAUAGCUGUUGAAGAUAGUAACAGGAAACACAUCGUGGUGCUCAACUCACUCCCUCCUACCCAGCCAACGCUUCAUUGUCCUGUUGAGCUCUGAGCUGGUCACCUAAGUUUACUUCAGCUCUCAAGGUCAAGGUUGUGGUAGUAUUUCUGUUAGUGAAAGUUACGGUGACUGAUAAUUAGCUGAGAUCAUGUGUCUUGUGUUUCACGGGAGGUCUACAGCAAGAUAAACUGACCACGUAAUCAAGGGUACGUUCAAAUAAUGUUGUUUGACAAAGAUUAAAAAAAAAAGAUCUUAAAAGGAAAAUAACUGUUCGAAAGUUUCACCAUUACCGUACAGUAUUUGUAAAUCUUCCCUGGCCUCCAGUUGAACUUUUCUUUCUUUUCGACACAAAUGAAGACACGAAACUGACAUUUACAAAGACCUCCUUCUGCUCAAAUGCCUCUACAUCCAGAUAUGUCAGACAACACGGUAAGCAGUCUACCACCAGUGAUAAAUAAUAUUUUAUCUCUAAUAUAAUCGACGCAGCUCUGUUAAUGAAUCAUACGAGCUCUAGAAUAAUAUAUUCCCCAAAGAGAACAUGAGCUGGCGCCACUGUUACUCUUACAGGGCGAGACCACUGCAUGCUUAAACUAAAGGGUUGUUAUGAAGACCCAAGUGGAGGCGCUGUCUCCUGGUUGUCAGAGAAGCUGAGAUAAGAAACGGAGGAACGGUAAAAAGAGGCCCGUUCCAACAGAUGUGAGUGAGGUCAAGAUUUGUGGAAAAUGAGAGAGCGUUAAGUAAUGACUCCCUUUGGGGUCCCCUGUGUGUACCUUCCCUGCAUCCUCUGUCGUGCAGGAGCAGAACCUCACUCACUUUAUCUGAAGCCAAGAAAAUGCUUCCGAACAAUUUCUUCCUACAGUUGGAUAAGAAUUCAACCUGACGAACUAAGUGAGGUGUGGCACACCAAAUAUGAAGUUCCGCCGUCGAUUUUGCAAAUCUGAGCCUAUGUGGGCAAGGCAUGCCUUGAUUGGUCCACGCAGCAAUGACGUCACCCAUGUAUAUCACUCACUCCUCAUUCCCCUCAAAUCUAGUUUAACUAAACAUGUUUUAAACUUAAACUUAUGCCAAAUUAAACCUAAACCUUGUAUAAGGAUUGAUGCUAUCUGAUUUCAUAGUGGCCACGAACCAAUCAGGACAAGGAUGCCCGCAUGUGUGUGGAUUUUGCCUACGUGUCUCCCGUUGGCCAGCCAUUCACGCAAUGCCUUUUAAGUCACCACGCACAGGGAGGACCACCUUCCCUCCAGCUCGCUUUAUAGACGUUAUGUAGAUGAAAUAUCACAUUUUGCCUUUAAUAUGAUGCCUCUAAGUGAAGAAGACUCGUCAGUUACAUUAAUAGUUAGGCUGUGUCUACUGACCCAUGUACAGCACUCAAUCUAUUUUUGCUAGAGAGCCAAGCGUGUGUAGCUGAUGUACAAGAUAACCAUUUAUGACGGCAGACACAAGCCAUCCACACCGAACUUCACCGACUGCCCAUGUGUUUCAUUACCGAGCCGGCCUCGGCAUUACAAGGAGGUUAUUAUGUAAACAGACUUUGUAUAUUUGACUCUAGCAAAGAUUUGAGGGCGGGACCUCGGUCUGUAGAUACUUCCUAAAAGUUAAUUUUUUAUAUUAAUAAAAGCAUUGUGAAUAGAUUAAACUUAGGCCAAAAAUUAUGAGUAUAAUAUAAAAUUUUACAUGUAGUGAGAAAUUAUAUUUAUUAAUGUAAUUAUUUGAUACACAUUUAGGUAAAAGAAAACAAAUUUGACUUAUUUUUUAAAGUUAAGGAUAAAAUUGUUUUAGUUUUCUUUCUCAGGAAAUAUUCAGAAAACGAUUUACACAAUUUCUGUAGGGAAACUAAUGUAUCCUUCUCAACAUCAUCAUUCAGCACGGAACACACUGAACAGUAAUGUGUUGGGUUUUGGUGCUCAAACUUUCCAGUAUAUUCUUAUAUACUAUGAAGAAUACUUUACUGAGUGAAUACAGUACUUCUCAUUAUAUCUGUCUGCCCUGAUGGAGUAUUUUUAGGGAAAUAAAUAAAUAACAGAAAAUAAUGUAUUUUUGGAGUAUAAUUCGUACUGGAAAUACGUCGUGUGAAUACUGACUGACGCGUGUAUUAUUCUUGUGAAUCAUAGCUCUUGGAAAUGCUUUGUAUUUGGAACGCUUCUCGAUAACAAUUAGAGUAUAUCUGCCUA